CCCCACCCCGCCUUGUCUUCUCCACAUCUGGUGAGGUGACGACGCAGCUCCGCCAUGGCCCAGGUUAUCGCGCCCUCCGCAGGAGGUGGCGCGGGGCGGCGGCGCCUCGCCAACUCCCCUGGCCCGGGCGACCAUGCGCUUCGCCGCCUCGUCAGCACCGCAUCCUGCCGCUGCCGCGCGCUCGCUUCCCGCCUCCGGCCGCUCUCUAGAUGCAGGGACUUGAUAUGGCAUCGGUGCUAGUGCUCGGUGCCAUUGCACUCAUGCUGAACCUUGCAUCUAUAUCAUCAGCGCAGCCUCACCGCGGAUGCAAAACGCGGUGCGGUGACAUAGAGAUUCCCUAUCCAUUUGGCAUUGGUGCCGGCUGUGCUAUCGAACAAGGCUUCGAGAUCAGCUGCAGCAGGACUGCCAAUGGGAUCGAGAGGCCAUUCAUAAAUUACUUGGAGGUUCUAAGCAUCUCAGCGUCAGGUGGUCAAUCCCGAGUUUUAAUGUUCAUCCCGACAUAUUGCUACAAUUCCAGUACAGGACAAAUGGAUUCCUACCUUUGGGAUUUUUACUUGGUUUGGCCGUAUCGGAUCUCGGAUGUGCACAACAAAUUCAUAAGCAUUGGUUGCAACACAAUCGGGUACAUCUACAACACCGAAAAAUCGACAAGGUAUGCGACAGGGUGUGUGUCGGUGUGUGGGAGCCCGGGAGACCUGAAAAAUGGCUCGUGUGUUGGUGUAGGCUGCUGCCAGAACACCGUCCCCAAGGACUUAACGAGCUACCAUGUCUACUUCUAUGAUGUAGACUAUGUGGAUGUUUCAAAUAGUUGGCACUUCAACCCAUGCAGCUAUGCCAUGGUGGUGGAGGCAGAGACAUUCACUUUCAACUCCGAGUUCAUAACCACAAAGAGGUUCAAUGAUACCUACGAGGGGUGGCAGCCGGUUGUCCUUGACUGGGUGAUUGGAAAUGCAACAUGUGAGGUGGCACGCAGAAACAUGUCUUCUUAUGCAUGCCGGAGCGAAAACACCGUGUGCGUGGAUUCAUCCAACGGCCCAGGUUAUCUGUGCAACUGCUCCGUUGGAUACCAAGGGAAUCCUUACCUCUCUGGUGGAUGCACAGAUGUCAAUGAAUGUGAGCACACUCCAAGCCCCUGUCCUGAUUUUGCAACUUGCCGAAACACAGUUGGAGGGUACCAUUGUUCAUGUCCCUUUGGCAGCAGUUUUGCCAAGGAAACAAACUCUUGCACCAACCGGUUUAUAGGCCUUGGAGGGCAUGGCACUGUUUACAAGGGGAUUUUAUCCGAUCAACGUGUUGUGGCCAUAAAAAAGUCCAAAAUGGCCGAUCAAAGAGAGAUUGAUCAAUUCAUAAAUGAGCUUGCAAUUUUAUCACAAAUCAGUCAUCGAAAUGUGGUGAAACUUUUUGGAUGUUACCUUGAGUCAGAGGUACCUUUGCUCGUGUAUGAGUUUGUCUCCAACGGGACAUUAUCUGAACUUCUUCAUGGUGACCACCUGAGUGGUAGAAGCUUGUUAACCUGGGGCAAUCGUAUCAGAAUUGCUAGCGAGGCGGCAAGUGCUCUUGCUUACCUCCAUUCCGCUGCCGCAAUACCAAUCUUUCAUAGAGAUGUGAAAUCUACCAACAUACUCUUAACAGAUAACCUCACUGCAAAGGUGGCAGACUUUGGUGCCUCGAGGUCCAUCUCCAUCGACGAAACUCAUGUGGUCACAGCAGUGCAGGGCACAUUCGGGUACUUGGAUCCUGAGUAUUACCACACCGGCGAGCUAACCGAGAAGAGUGAUGUUUACAGUUUCGGUGUGAUAAUUGGCGAGCUUCUGACUAGGAAGAAGCCGGUCUUCCUCAAUGCCCGGUGUGAAAAGCAAAACUUAUCUCAUUACUUCCUUCAAAUGCUACAAGAUAACGCCAUGAUGGAGAUCGUCGAUGUUCAAGUUCUCGAGGAAGGCAACGAUAGACAGAUCGCUGAGAUGGUUGCCCUUGCGAGGGUGUGCUUGAGGCACAGAGGGGAAGAGCAGCCUACCAUGAAAGAAGUGGAGCUUAGGCUGCAGCUCCUGAGAGGCAAGAUGAUAAUGGAGAAAAAACAUGAGUUAGAGAACGAGGGUGAAGCCAUACCAUUGUUACCUUCAAGCUGUUCCACUUAUUUCAGUGCUAGCUCCGGUCCACGGCACGGUGAGUUCUUCUCAGCUGCCAAUCAUUCAGCUCAGGAUGUCACCAGAUGCUACACUAUGGAGCAGGAGCUUGUUUCCUGGACCGACAUACCUCGCUGAAUUUUAAUGGACUCCUUUAGUUUGCUAUGGUAAAUUUUUUGAUCUUUUAUGUAUCACGAACUGGAUUGGUGUACUUCGAUUUCCAAGUUAUGUUUCAAUCUCCGAGUUGCAAUUUAUAUUUGAUUGGGACAGGCUAGUGUAAGGUGUAAGAAACAGUGUCUAACGUCGU